AGCCCGCCCUCGCCCCGCUCCUGCGCGUCCCCGCCUCUGUUCCCUUUAUUUACUCCGCCUCGCCCCUUUGCCCCUGGAGCGGGUUUUUCGCCGCCCCUUCCUCUGGGCUGCCUGUUCAGCCCGCCCUGCUCGCUGCCCCUCCGCGCCUGUGGCCGUGUCCCCUCCCGCUACCGGCGGGGAUGGCGCCGGUGACAGCGGCCGUUCGCGCCUGAGCUGGCAGGGGCGAGCCCCCCGCCGCCGCGGGAAGAGGAGGAGGAGGAGAGAUGAACCGCUUCCAGCCCGGGAUCGCGCUGCUGCUGUCGCUGCUGUGGGAGUGCACAGAGGCCAAAAAGCAUUGCUGGUACUUUGAAGGAUUAUAUCCUACAUAUUAUAUAUGCCGCUCCUACGAGGAUUGCUGUGGCUCAAGAUGCUGUGUAAGAGCUCUCUCUAUCCAGCGGCUAUGGUAUUUCUGGUUCCUUUUGAUGAUGGGAGUUCUGUUCUGCUGCGGAGCCGGUUUCUUCAUCCGACGGCGGAUGUACCCUCCCCCACUAGUAGAAGAACCUACUUUUAAUGUGUCUUACACCAGACAACCAGUCAACACUGCAUCAGGGUCACAACAGCCUGGAGUGCCGUAUUACACAGAUCCAGGGGGCCCUGUGAUGAAUCCCAUGGCGAUGGCUUUCCACGUCCAGCCCAAUUCCCCACAAGGAAACCCGGGUUACCCACCCCCACCAUCCUACUGCAACACACCACCGCCCCCCUACGAGCAGGUGGUGAAAUCCUCCACGUGAGGACUCUGGCUCUCUGACCUGACUGUGUGAGAAGAAGCUGCCAUUCAAAAUGACCGAGAUGGAGGGCACCUGCCCUUUUGAACACUUGCUAGUUCUCCAAGUCUUCUCUCCCUCCCCUCCCUGCACCUUUCCUCAUUAAAGUUACUUGCAAAGGGGUCAUUUUUAAUUUUUUUUCCUUUUUUUUUCCUUAUUUUUUUUAGUAGAAGUGGAUUUUUUUUCCUUUGUCUUCAACAUGAGAGAAGUCGUCUUUGUAAUGCUUUUAAUGGAAACCUAUAUUUAAAACCUGGA